GCUUUCUCUCUCUUUUCUUUUCUCUUUCCCAAUUUUCUAAUUUUUGACAAUUAGACUUCAGAAGUUCACUUUCAAAAUGCCCAAGCGCAGUAAAUUGCUUCAGGCGCUGGAUGACCACCGCGGUCGCGACUACGAUGCUGAGAAGCAGAAGAAGCAGGUGAAGGCGGCGGCGAAGAAGAAGGCCGCGAAGGGUCUGAAGGUUGAGGAACCUUCGAAUUCGAAGUCCAAGAAGCAGGCCGCUGCUGAGAAGCCCGCCCCGGAGGAGGAGGAUGAGUCCGACGAGGAAGAGGAAGAGGAGGAGGAGCAGGACGUGAGCGUGGUCGAGGACAAGGCUAGCGACAACGAGGAAGAAGACGAGGAGGAGGAAGACGAGGAAGACGAGGAAGAAGAAGAAGACAUCCCACUCUCGGACCUCUCCGAAGACGAAAGAGAAGACGUCGUCCCGCACCAACGCCUCACGAUCAACAACUCCGCCGCCAUCAACACCUCCCUCAAGCGCAUCUCCUUCAUCACGCCGAAGACGCUGUUCUCCGAGCACAACUCGCUCGUCUCGCAAGAGCCCAUCGAAGUCCCCGACCCCAACGACGACCUGAACCGCGAACUGGCCUUCUACAAGGUCUGCCAGGCCGCGGCCGCCUCGGCGCGCGGUCUGCUGAAGAAGGAGGGCAUCCCCUUCACCCGCCCCGGCGACUACUUCGCCGAGAUGGUCAAGACGGACGAGCACAUGGGCCGGAUCAAGAAGAAGCUGUUCGACGAGGCCGCGGCGAAGAAGGCGGCCGCGGAUGCGCGCAAGCAGCGCGAUCUCAAGAAGUUCGGCAAGCAGGUGCAGGUGGCCAAGUUGCAGCAGCGACAGAAGGAGAAGCGUGAGACUUUGGAUAAGAUCACUGCUUUGAAGAAGAAGCGCAAGGAUGACACCUCCGGUCCCACAGAUGACACCAACAACCUCUUCGACGUCGCCAUCGACGACAACAACCAGCCCGCCGGCCGCAAGCGCGGCCGCGACGAGACCAGCGGCCCCUCGAUGAAGCGCCAGAAGAAGAACGAGAAGUUCGGCUUCGGCGGCAAGAAGCGCUUCGGCAAGAGCGGCGACGCCGCCUCCAGUGGCGACAUGCGCGACUUCUCGGUGAAGAAGAUGAAGGGCGGCGCGAAGAGACCGGGCAAGAGUAAGAGGGCGGCCGCGAAGGGUCGCGGUUGAUUGAUUCCACAUGUACUUAUUUAUUUAUUCUAUUCUCGCGCUGUUUGUUUGGGUUUGGGAAAUAAAAGCUGGUUGUUAGGCUUCUCUGAUGGGAAGUGAAUGCCUCUGUUUGAUCAUAGUCUUACGCCUGACCUGAACAUUGGAUCUACUGUAGACUUUCGGGUCUGGUGUUCCUGUAUAUGUUAGCCAUGGAUACGAU